AUGGCGCAGCAAGAAGAUCGGGACGUGGGCGAUGGUGUUCGUGGCCUUGCCGAGCCUGUAAUGGGCAGGCACCUAUGGGAUGCCAUCAAGGUCGGCACUAACAGCUUCAUCGACGACCGCAACGCCCUAGAGGCGCUGUGCAAGGCGGUUCCGAAGGAGCUCCGUGGGACGAUGGCCAACAAGCCCACGGCCAAGGCGGCAUGGGACGCACUGAAGACACGCCACAUCGGUGUCGAUCGGCGACCAUCGAGACUCCUCAAUCUCGAGGCAGUCUCCCUAGAGGAGUUGGUGGGGUGGCUCAAGGCGGUUGAGGAACGGCUCGAUCGUGGGAGAGGAAAAGGCGGCGGAGGCUCGGGUGGCGGCGGCGGCGGCAAGGAGAUCGACGGCAAGCUGUAUUUCACCGAGGAGCAGGUGAUGGCAUGCCUCGUGUCCCACCUCAACCUCAACUCCGACGGGUCAGCGGGGCGCGGCAAGGCGCCGGUCGGCUCCGGCAAGCGUCGCGGCGGUACGGAUGAAUGGGUGAGUCCAGGCGAAGAGGAGACGGUCGCUGCCACACCAGCAGGACCCGGCUCCACGAUGGCCUCACCGGGGGGUCACGCUGCAUCACCAAGCGCGGCACCGACCCCACUGGGCUCGACACCAUCGGGUUCCAUGCCCGGGGAAUCGGCUUCAUCAGUGGCGCCCACAACCAUGUCGUCAUCGCGCACGCCACGAGUCCAAGGAGGUCUAGUUCCGUGGCAAGGUGAACUACCACCGAAGGAUCAGGUCCCCGUCGAGUUCGUGUCCCCUACCUCUGUAGCGCUGGAGACGCUGGAUGCGGAUGACGAUGAGGGGCUCACACAUCGGUUCAGGAUCAUGGACAACCUGCUGUACGACGACGAUGAGCUGGUGGCAGAUGGUGAUCUGCUCCUGGCUGUCGAUGAGGAACCCACCACCUACGACGAGGCGUCGGUGGUGAAACUUGGCCCGACAUUGACACCCAUGUUCCAUGGCUGUGGGAUGGCGCAGCAAGAAGAUCGGGAUGUGGGCGAUGGUGUUCGUGGCCUUGCCGAGCCUAUAAUGGGCAGGCACCUAUGGGAUGCCAUCAAGGUCGGCACUAACAGCUUCAUCGACGACCGCAACGCCCUAGAGGCGCUGUGCAAGGCGGUUCCGAAGGAGCUCCGUGGGACGAUGGCCAACAAGCCCACGGCCAAGGCGGCAUGGGACGCACUGAAGACACGCCACAUCGGUGUCGAUCGGCGACCAUCGAGACUCCUCAAUCUCGAGGCAGUCUCCCUAGAGGAGUUGGUGGGGUGGCUCAAGGCGGUUGAGGAACGGCUCGAUCGUGGGAGAGGAAAAGGCGGCGGAGGCUCGGGUGGCGGCGGCGGCGGCAAGGAGAUCGACGGCAAGCUGUAUUUCACCGAGGAGCAGGUGAUGGCAUGCCUCGUGUCCCACCUCAACCUCAACUCCGACGGGUCAGCGGGGCGCGGCAAGGCGCCGGUCGGCUCCGGCAAGCGUCGCGGCGGUACGGAUGAAUGGGUGAGUCCAGGCGAAGAGGAGACGGUCGCUGCCACACCAGCAGGACCCGGCUCCACGAUGGCCUCACCGGGGGGUCACGCUGCAUCACCAAGCGCGGCACCGACCCCACUGGGCUCGACACCAUCGGGUUCCAUGCCCGGGGAAUCGGCUUCAUCAGUGGCGCCCACAACCAUGUCGUCAUCGCGCACGCCACGAGUCCAAGGAGGUCUAGUUCCGUGGCAAGGUGAACUACCACCGAAGGAUCAGGUCCCCGUCGAGUUCGCGUCCCCUACCUCUGUAGCGCUGGAGACGCUGGAUGCGGAUGACGAUGAGGGGCUCACACAUCGGUUCAGGAUCAUGGACAACCUGCUGUACGACGACGAUGAGCUGGUGGCAGAUGGUGAUCUGCUCCUGGCUGUCGAUGAGGAACCCACCACCUACGACGAGGCGUCGGGCGUGUCCUAG